AUGAGCACGCCACGCCCCCAGCCACCGCCAUCCCCAUCGGUUCCGUCUAGGGAAUUGGAAGACACCCAACUGAAUGACAGCGAGUCUCCCACAAUCUCCGAGGCGAAAUAUGGAUUCAAGAUCUACCGCACCGACUACAGCGAUGAGACUAAAUGGGACCACUUCAUGAACUACCUAAACGCGCAGACCCAGACACGAAUGGAAGAAGAGGACCUCGUCCAUGAAAUCCCCAACAUCGACUGGGCGGUAGAGUCCUCGCCUGAAUUAGCCCGUGCCUCUGAGGAAGAGAUCCGCCGCCGGUUCGUUGAAUGGGCCGACUCUGGCGACGAGCCUGUAGACAAUAGCGCACGCUUCCGCGCGUGCAUCGUAGUAGACCACGAUUGCCUAAUCGAUGUGAACGCGGUUGUGGAGUCAUUGGAAGAGGAGGAUGAGGCGCUCGACGAGUUCGACGACGAUGGGUUGGCGUGGGUGCGACUUUUGUCGCGUGAUCCGGAUGAGGGUUCGCUGCGCGUUUGCGUGUCAUAUUUAGUGCCAAGAAGCUACAAUUUUGUUCCGUACAACUGGGAGGAGAUAGGUGGUGGUGGGAGAGAUCCAGCAAGGCCGUGA